AGUAACUAAUUAAAAAUGUUUCCAGAGUGCUUGAAAAGGUUGUUCAGCAGAAGCCAGAAGGUGAAGGGGAGGGUGGUGUUGAUGCGUAAGAAUGUGCUUGACUUCAACAACUUAACGAGUGUGGUAGGGAUUGUUGGCACUAGCAAAAGCCUAAUUGGCUCAGCAGUUGAUGGUGUUACUUCCUUAAUGGGCAAAUCUGUGUGUAUCCAGUUGAUUAGUGCUACCAAGGCUGAUGCAAAUGGAAAUGGGAUAGUCGGAAAGAAGGCCUAUUUGGAAGGUAUUAUUGCCUCGAUACCAACUUUGGGAGCUGGCCAAUCUGCAUUUAAUAUUAAUUUUAAAUGGGACAGUGACAUGGGAAUUCCUGGAGCAUUUAUAAUAACAAAUCAUAUGAAUGUUGAGUUCUUCCUAGUGAGUUUGACUCUUGAAGACAUUCCUAAUCAAGGAACCAUGCACUUUGUUUGCAACUCAUGGGUUUACAACUAUGAAGAUUACAAACAGAAUCGAAUUUUCUUUGUCAACGAGACAUAUGUUCCAAGUGAAACACCUGGUCCAUUAGUGACAUAUAGAGAAGCAGAAUUGCAGGCUCUAAGAGGAAAUGGAACAGGGAAGCGCAAGGAAUGGGACAGAGUUUAUGAUUAUGAUGUUUACAAUGAUUUGGGCAAUCCUGACAGUGGUGAAAACUUUGCUCGUCCAGUUCUUGGAGGAUCUCUCACUCAUCCCUACCCUCGUAGGGGAAGAACCGGUAGAAAACCAACAAAGAAAGAUUCCAAAAGCGAGAAACCGGGACAUGUUUAUGUUCCAAGAGAUGAAAUUUUUGGUCACUUGAAGUCAUCUGACUUCCUUAGUUAUGGGAUAAAAUCUUUAUCUCGAAGUUUCUUACCUGCAAUCAAAUCAAUAUUUGAUUUAAAAUUCACACCGAAUGAGUUUGGUAGCUUUGAAGAAGUACGUGAACUCUGUGAAGGUGGAAUUAAGCUGCCUACAGAUAUACUUAGCAAAAUUAGCCCCUUACCAGUGCUCAAGGAAAUCUUCCGCACUGAUGGUGAAGAUAAUCUCCUCAAGUUUUCAAUACCUCAUUUAAUUCAAGUUAAUAAAUCUGCAUGGAUGACUGACGAUGAAUUUGCAAGAGAGAUGAUUGCUGGUGUAAACCCUUGCGUGAUUCGCCUUCUACAAGAGUUUCCACCACAGAGCAAGCUAGAUCCGUCAGUCUACGGUGAUCAAACGAGUAAACUGACUGAAGAACACUUGAAGAUUAACCUUGAAGGACUAACAGUAGAUAAGGCAAUUGAAGGUCAGAGACUAUUCAUAUUAGAUCACCAUGACGUAUUUAUGCCAUUUUUGACGAGGCUAAACGAAUCAAAAUCAACAAAGGCUUAUGCUACCAGGACAAUCCUUUUCUUGAAAGAUGAUGGAACCUUAAAGCCAUUGGCCAUUGAAUUAAGUUUGCCACAUUCAGGUGGACAACACCUUGGUGCCGAUAGUAAAGUCAUCUUGCCUGCAAACCAAGGCGUUGAAAGUACAAUUUGGCUAUUGGCUAAGGCUUAUGUUGUUGUUAAUGAUUCCUGCUAUCAUCAGCUCAUAAGCCAUUGGCUGAAUACUCAUGCUGUGAUUGAGCCAUUUGUCAUAGCAACAAACAGGAAUCUCAGUGUUCUUCACCCUGUUUAUAAGCUUCUAUUUCCUCACUAUCGUGACACAAUGAAUAUCAAUGCACUUGCUCGACAAUCACUAAUUAAUGCUGAUGGCAUUAUAGAGCAAUCCUUUUUGGGUGGCAAGUAUUCUAUGGAGAUUUCUUCAGAAGCUUACAAAGCUUGGGUGUUCCCUGACCAAGCAUUACCAGCUGAUCUUAUCAAGAGGGGAAUGGCUACUGAGGAUUCAUCUUGUCCCAACGGCCUUCGUCUUGUGAUAGAAGACUACCCUUAUGCUGUUGAUGGACUGGAAAUAUGGGAUGCUAUUAAGACAUGGGUACAAGAGUAUGUUUCCUUGUACUAUGCCACAGAUGAUGCAGUUAAGAAAGACUCUGAACUCCAAGCUUGGUGGAAGGAAGUUGUUGAGAAGGGUCAUGGUGACCUGAAAGACAAGCCUUGGUGGCCUAAAAUGCAGACUCUUCAAGAGCUUAUUCAAUCAUGUUCUACUAUCAUAUGGAUUGCUUCAGCUCUCCAUGCAGCUGUUAAUUUUGGGCAAUACCCUUAUGGUGGUUUUAUCCUAAACCGUCCAACUCUUAGCAGAAGAUUGAUCCCGGAAAAAGGAACUCCAGAAUAUGAUGAGAUGGUGAAAAGUCAUCAAAAGGCUUAUUUGAAAACAAUUACGCCAAAGUUUCAGACUCUUGUUAACCUUUCAGUGAUAGAGAUAUUGUCAAGGCAUGCUUCUGAUGAGAUCUACCUUGGACAGAGGGACAACAGUCCUAAUUGGACCUCUAAUUCAAGGGCAAUAGAAGCCUUUAAAAAGUUUGGAAAAAAGCUAGCAGAGAUUGAGACAAAAAUCUCAGAAAGGAACAAUGAUCCAAAUCUUAGAAAUCGAACUGGACCAGCCAAAUUGCCCUACACUGUGCUUCUUCCUACCAGUAAACCGGGGUUGACUUUUAGAGGAAUUCCUAACAGUAUCUCUAUCCAUCAUCAAGAAGAAGUUGUAAAGAUGUUAGGGCUAUUUGACAAGAGCCACAAGAUCAAGGGCACUGUGGUGUUGAUGCCCAAAAGUGUCUUGGACAUUAACGACUUGAAUUCAGUCAAAAAUGGCGGAGUUGGUGGCGUUGUCUCUGGUAUCUUUGGCGCCGUCGCCGACGUAACCGGCCAAAUAGUUGAUACUGCAACUGCCAUCUUUUCCCGGAACGUCUCCUUCAAGUUGAUCAGUGCUACCUCCACUGAUGCAAAGGGAAAUGGGAAAGUUGGAAACGAAACCUUUUUGGAGAAGCAUCUUCCGACGCUACCAACCUUGGGAGAUAGAAGGGAUGCAUACGAUAUUCAUUUCGAAUGGGAUGCUAACUUUGGAAUUCCAGGAGCAUUUUACAUCAGAAACUACACCUAUGAUGAGUUCUUCCUUGUCAGUGUCACUCUUGAGGACAUUCCAAAUCAUGGAACCAUUCACUUCGUCUGUAACUCAUGGGUUUACAACUUUAAAGACUACGACAAAAAGGAUCGUAUUUUCUUUGCCAAUAAGACAUAUCUUCCAAGUGCAACACCGGGUCCAUUAGUUAAGUAUAGAGAAGAAGAGUUGAAGAUUUUAAGAGGAGAUGGAACGGGAGAGCGCAAGGAACAUGAAAGGAUCUAUGAUUAUGAUGUCUACAAUGAUUUGGGUAAUCCAGAUGAAGAUGUAAAGCUUGCUCGUCCAGUUCUUGGAGGCUCCAGCACCUAUCCUUAUCCUCGUAGGGUUAGAACUGGUAGAAAAGCCACCAAGAAAGAUCCUAAAAGCGAGAGACCAGCAAGCGAGCUUUACAUGCCAAGAGAUGAAAAAUUCGGUCACUUGAAGUCAUCAGAUUUCCUCACAUAUGGAAUAAAAUCAUUAUCUCAAAAGCUCUUACCUUCGCUCGAAAACGUUUUUGAUUCAGACCUCACAUGGAAUGAGUUUGAUAGCUUUGAAGAAGUAAGAGACCUGUAUGAAGGUGGAAUUAAGGUUCCAACAGUUGUUCUUAGCGACAUUAGCCCCAUACCAAUCUUCAAGGAAAUCUUUCGCACUGAUGGUGAAAGUGUCCUUCAAUUUCCACCACCUCAUGUAGUCCAAGUUACUAAAUCUGCAUGGAUGACCGAUGACGAAUUUGCAAGAGAGAUGAUUGCAGGUGUAAACCCAAAUGUAAUUCGUCUUCUUAAAGAGUUCCCCCCACAAAGCAAGCUGGAUCCCUCUCUCUAUGGUGAUCAAUCUAGUACAAUAACAAAAGAACAUUUGGAGAUUAACAUGGAUGGGGUAACAGUAGAAGAGGCACUUAAUGGUCAGAGAUUAUUCAUAUUAGAUUAUCAAGACGCAUUCAUGCCAUAUUUGACAAGGAUAAACGCACUACCUUCUGCAAAGGCUUAUGCCACAAGGACAAUCCUGCUCUUGAAAGAUGAUGGGACUUUGAAGCCACUUGCUAUCGAAUUGAGCAAGCCACAUCCAAGUGGAGAUAAUUUGGGUGCCGAGAGCAAAGUGGUCUUGCCUGCAGACCAAGGUGUUGAAAGCACAAUUUGGCUAUUGGCCAAGGCUCAUGUUAUUGUAAAUGACUCGGGCUAUCAUCAACUCAUGAGCCACUGGUUAAAUACUCAUGCAGUGACAGAGCCCUUCAUCAUAGCAACAAACAGGCGUCUCAGUGUGCUUCACCCCAUUUAUAAACUUCUUUAUCCUCACUAUCGUGACACCAUAAAUAUCAAUGGACUUGCUAGGAAUGCCCUAAUUAAUGCUGGUGGCGUUAUAGAGGAAUCAUUUUUGCCUGGACGGUAUUCUAUCGAGAUGUCUUCAGCUGUUUACAAGAAUUGGGUUUUCACUGACCAAGCAUUACCGGUCGAUCUCAUCAAGAGAGGAAUGGCAGUUGAGGAUCCAUCCUCUCCCCAUGGCCUUCGUCUUGCGGUAGAGGACUACCCAUAUGCUGUUGAUGGACUAGAAAUAUGGGAUGCUAUUAAGUCAUGGGUCCAAGAGUAUGUUUCCUUGUAUUACCCAACAGAUUUGGCAAUUCAACAAGAUACUGAACUCCAAGCAUGGUGGAAGGAAGUUGUUGAGAAGGGUCAUGGUGACUUAAAAGACAAGCCUUGGUGGCCUAAAAUGCAGACUCGUCAAGAGCUUAUUCAAUCAUGUUCUACUAUCAUAUGGAUUGCUUCAGCUCUCCAUGCAGCUGUUAAUUUUGGACAAUACCCUUAUGGUGGUUUUAUCCUAAACCGUCCAACUCUUAGCAGAAGAUGGAUUCCAGAACCAGGAACCAAAGAAUAUGAUGAGAUGGUGGAGAGUCCCCAAACGGCUUAUUUGAGAACCAUUACACCGAAGCGCCAAACCAUUAUUGAUCUUACGGUGAUAGAGAUAUUGUCAAGGCAUGCUUCUGAUGAGAUCUACCUUGGGGAGAGAGACAAUCCUAAUUGGACAUCUGAUUCAAAGGCAUUAGAAGCAUUCAAAAAGUUUGGAAGCAAGCUGGCAGAAAUUGAGGGAAAAAUCACAGCGAGAAACAAGGAUUCAAAUAAGAAAAAUCGCUAUGGACCAGUUCAGCUGCCAUACACAUUGCUCCUUCCUACAAGUGAGGAAGGGUUGACUUUCAGAGGAAUUCCCAACAGUAUCUCUAUCUAAGGAGUGUGUGGUUACCUUUUGGAUCAAUCUACUUUCUAGUAACACAAAUAAUGCUUGUCAGUGUAUGUGUGGUUAUUUUGUGUAUAUUUGUACCAGUGUAUAUUUGGAAUUAUGUGCUCUUGAUUUGAAUCUUUAACUCACUUUAUUUGUAUUUAGUUCGUGUUAUGCUUGAUAUAUAGAUUUUUUUUUUUUUUUUA